CACGGAGAAGUGUGUAUGUGUGAUGUGUGUGCGCUUUGUGGUGUUCUUUUGUCUCCGAAGCCAACCGAAGCCAAAGAACCAUUUGCUCAGUCAUUUUAAUCUCUCCCAAAAAUUAAUUUAAAAAUCCCAAUUUUCUCUUUCUAGAGAGGGAGAGAUAGAGAGAUAGAGAGAGAGACAGACAGAGCUCGUGUACUAGAGAUAGAAAGAGAGAGGCUUUUUAUGUUUUGUUUUUGUGUUGAAAUGGUUGAAUUGGAAAUUACCCAGACAUCAUUGUGAUUGUUUAUUGUGUUAUUUGGAUAUGGGUUUUUCAGUACCGUCUGUGAUCUUGUAAACCCACAAAGCGAUCUUCGAUGCGGUGAUUAGAUUGGUGGUAAUUUGGGGGUUUGGUUUAUCUGGGCCGUUGAUUCACUUUUGCUUUUCGGCGAGAAAUGAACGGUGGCGAUGAGGUCGUCGCAGCUCCCGGAGGCCCUCCACAGCCUCUGGAGUGGAAAUUCUCUCAGGUAUUCGGCGAGCGGACGGCUGGUGAAGAAGUUCAGGAAGUUGAUAUUAUUUCUGCUAUUGAAUUUGAUAAAACUGGUGACCAUCUUGCUACUGGUGACCGUGGGGGCCGGGUGGUUCUAUUUGAAAGGACAGAUACAAAAGAUAAUGGUGGCACCAGAAGGGAUUUGGAGAGGAUGGAUUAUCCAAUUAGUAGGCAUCCUGAGUUCCGUUAUAAAACAGAGUUUCAGAGCCAUGAACCUGAGGUAUUCUUUUCUCAUGAGUUACUAAUACAUCGCCAUCAUUAUUACUUACUUUUGGUCUCUGUAUUCAAGUUGCUUAUACUCACAAUGUGCAUUUUCUUUUGUCAGUUUGACUACCUGAAGAGUUUGGAAAUAGAGGAGAAAAUCAACAAAAUCAGAUGGUGCCAAACUGCCAAUGGUGCCCUGUUUCUCCUAUCUACUAACGAUAAAACAAUUAAGUUUUGGAAGGUCCAAGAAAAGAAGGUCAAGAAAAUUUCUGAAAUGAAUGUGGAUCCUUCAAAAGCUGUAGGGAAUGGCAAUCUUGCUAGUUCAAGUAAUUUGGGUAGCUCUAAAAUGCAUCUUGCAAAUGGGGGAUGCCCAGACAGAUCAUUCAGUUGUCUGAGCAAUGACAUUUCAUUUCCACCAGGGGGCAUUCCUUCGUUACGAUUGCCACAGGUAACUAGCCAUGAGACUAGCCUAGUUGCCAGAUGUCGAAGGGUAUAUGCUCAUGCUCAUGAUUAUCAUAUCAAUUCAAUUUCAAACAACAGUGAUGGCGAAACUUUUAUAUCGGCUGAUGAUCUGCGAAUAAAUCUUUGGAACUUGGAAAUUAGCAAUCAAAGUUUCAAUAUUGUGGAUGUGAAGCCUGCAAACAUGGAAGAUUUAACCGAGGUGAUAACAUCAGCAGAGUUCCACCCUACCCAUUGCAAUACGUUAGCCUAUAGCAGUUCCAAAGGCUCGAUUCGACUCAUUGAUUUGCGGCAGUCUGCUUUGUGUGAUUCUCAUGCUAAAUUGUUUGAGGAACAGGAAGCGCCUGGUGCUAGAUCAUUCUUCACUGAGAUUAUUGCUUCAAUCUCAGAUAUUAAGUUUGGAAAGGAUGGAAGAUAUAUACUUAGCCGCGAUUACAUGACUCUUAAGUUAUGGGACAUCAAUAUGGAUUCAGGUCCUGUCACAACCUUCCAGGUUCAUGAAUAUUUAAGACCUAAGCUGUGUGAUUUAUAUGAAAAUGAUUCUAUCUUCGAUAAAUUCGAGUGUUGUCUGAGUGGUGAUGGCUUGCGAGUAGGAACGGGUUCUUACAGCAAUCUAUUCCGUGUAUUUGGUUGUGGUGCUGGUAGUACUGAGGCAACAACUUUGGAGGCCAGCAAAAAUCCAAUGAGGCGACAAGUUCCGACCCCUUCUAGGCCUUCCAGGUCCCUGAGCAGUAGUAUAACACGAGUUGUCAGACGAGGAGCAGAAAACCCUGGGGUUGAUGCAAAUGGAAAUUGUUUUGAUUUCACGACAAAGUUGCUGCACUUAGCAUGGCAUCCAACUGAAAACUCAAUAGCCUGUGCUGCUGCUAACAGCUUGUACAUGUACUAUGCAUAAAGAUGGUCCAAGGAGAAAUGUAUUUUCUUGGUUAGCUUUUUGGGGUUGCUGCUGGAGAAGGUUUCUCUUCCUUUCCCACCAACCAGUCAAUUGGAGGCCACAACAAUUCUCUCACAUUUCAAGGUGCCCCUUGAACCCGUUGCACAUGGUUUUAUUCUCAUGGUCCAGAAGUGGCUGCCACAGAAUCCACAAGGAAGCAACCUGAUUUUGUUCCCGGGUGGGCAGCGUCUGCUUUUUCUUCCCCCUCGUCCCAACCCUUCUUUCCCUCUUUUUUUUUUUUUU